AUUUCAUAACCUCCUUGAUUUGUUGUUGUUUUCAUUUCAGAUUGGCAGUGUGACAGAGAUGAGCUUAUCUGGUAACCAAGAAAGGACAGAAAUGGAGAAGAAGCGACUUGUUUGGAAAGUAGAAGGUUUGUUGGAAGAAGACACCAAGGUGGGGAGAGGUGGACCUGUUGAUCCUACAAAAUUGGUGGUGGAACUAGCACCAAUGGAAAUCCGCACCUUUGUCAUCGACUUCAACCAUCAAGCACUGUUUGAUGCUUGAAUGGUUUUUAUGCUAUAUAUAUAUAUAUAUAUUAUCUAUGGUAUGGUACUUUGGUUUGGAUUGGUUUGGUUGUAAUAAAGUAUAUAUAUCAUGUCAUCAUUACUACAAGGUUAAAACCCCAAUUUGGUCCCUGAACUAUUGUAUAGACUCUUGAUUUGGUCCCUGAACUAAAAAAAUCCUUGAUUU